UUUGCGCACGGACGGGCGCGCUCUUCUGCAUGCGCCGCGUGCCCUGCGACGUCAGCCUCGUAUAUAAACCUCGCUCCCCUGUUCCCGCUCACUUCAAACCACACUGCCUCAGCUCUACUCCUUCAGCGCCACCACCAACAACAACACAAGGACACGCAGGGACUGACACACACACAUGACCUUCAGCCUGUCGGCGGCGAUGGAGGGGGGCCACCAGGAGUACAUGAUCCGCUUCGACGACCCCUCGCCGAGCACGGCCACCGCCGAGCCGCCGCCGCCGGAGCCGUUUGCAGGAAGGGCGAUCACCCCCGAUCAGGAGCACAGCGCCAUGGUCGCCGCGCUGCUGCACGUCAUCUCCGGGUACACCACGCCGCCGCCGGACCUCUUCCCGACCAGGGAGGUGUGCCCGGUGUGCAGGGUCGACGGCUGCCUCGGCUGCGACUUCUUCGGCGCCGCGGAGGCGGAGGCCACCGGGACACGGCAAAUCGCGGCGACAUUGGACGCGCCGAAGGCGGCGGGCGGGCCGCAGAGGCGGCGGAGGAACAAGAAGAACAAGUACCGCGGCGUCAGGCAGCGGCCGUGGGGCAAGUGGGCGGCGGAGAUCCGCGACCCGCGCCGCGCCGUGCGGGUCUGGCUCGGGACCUUCGACACCGCCGAGGACGCCGCCAGGGCCUACGACCGCGCCGCCGUCGAGUUCCGCGGCCCGCGCGCCAAGCUCAACUUUCCCUUCCCCGAGCAGCAGCAGCAGCUGGGCGACGGCAAUGCCGCCGCGGCCAAGUCCGACACGUGCUCGCCCUCGCCCCGCAGCGCCGACGCCGAGGUCCGGGUUCCGCAGUCGUGGCAGCAGAACGGCGGGCAGGAAGCAGGGGAUCAGCUCUGGGACGGCUUGCAGGACCUGAUGAAGCUAGACGAGAGCGAGCUUUGGUUCCCGCCAUCUUCAAAUUCUUGGGACUGAACCUGCUUGAUUAGAUCCUAGCCGUUGGAGUGACUGGAAAAGACCAUUUUCACUUCCUUUUUUUUCUUUUCCUUUUUACCUCUGUUGUAUUAUUUGGACAGAACAGAGUAUGUGAAUUAUAAGUAGGGUUGUAUCAAGAUUGAAGAGUACACAUAUUAACAAGGCAGUUUUGGGUUUGUGCUUCACUUUUUGAAUUCAGAGAUAGAACAACAAACCAUCUUUCUUCUUACUCUUUGUACAUUCAAAAGAUACAAACCAUUUGUAUGAAAAAGAAGAAGCAUACCAUGUACAUUUAUGAACAAGUUUCGGAAGACGGGGGAAGCUUUAGCUAAAGUCAUUGCAAAAUGUAAAAGAAAGAUCUCUCUAACUUCAAAUCCAUUGAAUACAAAGUUUGGUAAGAUAAUUCAAGGGUUUUUCACCCAUGGUACAUCAGUUUCUAUCACUUAAGUUCAACAGUUUCUUCUUGCUGCAUAACAGAUCGGCAUAGCUGGAUCAAUAGUUUACAACUAUCUGGCAAAUGAUAAGCAACAUCGGUAAUUUACAAGGCACCAGUAACGCGUUGCCACGGGGCAACAAACAGGUGCUUCUAUUCCGUGAUAGUGCAUCUGCGGAGCAUGAUAUCUGUUUGUGUCACGACGGAAG